AUGGUCACCGGUGGUGACAUUUUCGGCACCGUGGCGGAAAACGACAUCUUCACCAAGCACCACAUCAUGGUCCCGCCGAACGUUAGCGGAAAGGUCACCUACGCCGCACCCGCGGGGAACUACAACAUUGAGGAGAAAUUGUUGGAGGUAGAGAGUUUGGGUGAAGUGAAGGUCUGCAAGAUGUACCAUGUAUGGCCUGUGCGCCAGCCAAGGCCGAUAGUGAAAAAGGUGCCGUCUACCAGACCGCUACUCACCGGGCAGCGUGUGCUUGACGCUCUCUUCCCUGCGGUUAUGGGCGGAACCUGCGCUGUCCCAGGAGCUUUCGGCUGUGGAAAGACCUGCAUUUCACACGCCCUAGCUAAGUACGGCAACACCGACAUCACCGUCUACGUGGGCUGUGGUGAGCGUGGUAACGAGAUUGCCGAGGUCCUCAAGGAGUUCCCGGAGCUCAAAACCACCGUCGACGGCAAAGAGGUCAGCAUCAUGAAGCGUACGUGCCUCGUUGCCAACACUUCCAACAUGCCUGUCGCGGCUAGGGAAGCCAGUAUCUACACCGGCAUCACACUGUGUGAGUACUUCAGGGAUAUGGGAUACAACGCUUGCAUGAUGGCGGACUCCACCAGCCGUUGGGCUGAGGCUCUGCGUGAAAUCUCCGGCCGUCUUGCCGAGAUGCCCGCCGAUUCAGGCUACCCGGCGUACUUGGCGUCUCGUCUGUCGGCUUUCUAUGAACGUGCGGGAUCUGUGGAAUGCACCGGUACACCUUCGCGUGAAGGUUCGGUCACCAUCGUAGGUGCGGUGUCACCACCAGGUGGUGACUUCUCUUGUCCCGUCACCGCUGCGACCAUGUCGAUUGUCCAGGUGUUCUGGGGUCUCGACAAGAAGUUGGCGCAGAGGAAGCAUUUCCCAUCAGUAAACUGGACCACUUCCUUUUCCAAGUACGAGAAGCAGCUGGAGAACUUCUUCGAGGAGUCUUGCCCCGACUUCAUGCCCGGCGUCAAGGUGCUAAAGAAUGUGCUGCAAAAGGAGGGCGAGCUUCUCGAGAUAGUACAGCUGGUCGGACGUGACUCGCUGUCAGAGGACCAGAAAGUUACCCUGGAGGUGGCCAAGAUCAUUCGGGAGGACUUCCUUCAGCAGAACUCCUUCACUGACUACGACUACAAAUGCCCGCUGUACAAAACCGCCGGCAUGCUCAACUGCAUCGUGAACUUCUACAACGAGUGUCUGAAGGCCAUCUCGGAGUCGGGGAAACGCGGCCACAAGCUCGGCUGGGGUACCAUCUACAACACAAUGCGCGCCACCAUCAACAAGAUUACCGGGCUCAAGUUCACCGACCCAUCAACGCCGGAGGAAGAGUUCCAGACUACAUUAAAGGCUCUGAACGAAGAGAUCGCCAGUGGUCUGCGCCAACUGGUCGACGUGUGA